AGAACAUAGGAUUCCAUUACCCUUUUUCUCGUUCCAGAUAUUUUCCUUGUCGUUUUGAACAUCCUCUGUUCAUCACUUCCUGUAUCUCUCAGCACUUUCUUUCCCUUCACAUUGUCAUACAACAAAGAAGCACAUGGCCGAUGAAACUCCAACACAGACUCCCCCUGUGGCAGCAGCUCUGCGGCCAACAUCGCCGACGGUAACCGAGUCUGAUUCACCAGCUGUUUUAGACAAAGAAGACCCUUCCUCGGCAUCUCCCGCAGCAGCUGUGUCUGUUUCUGUUGCGGAAUCUGUUUCAACGGCUAUUGCAGAAAAAGAAGAGCAGACACCGCCGCCUCUACCGCCACCUGAACCGUUAGAACUGGAACCGUAUUCAACGGACAAAGGAGAAAAGGAGGAGUCGCGUCCACCACCACCGUCGCUAUCAGUGGUGUCAGAAUCUGAGUCGCCAGCUGUAACAGAGACACCAAAGGAAGAAGGGACACAAGCUCCAGCAGCAGCAACUGUAGUAGUUUCGGAAUCUGAGCUUCAGCAGCCACCUGUCCCGCCGCUCCAAGUGGCGGUUAAGGAGUCGAAGUCACUGGCGGCGAUGAUGGAGAAAGAAGAGGCAGGGGCACCAGAGCCUACUGUGUCUAGUGCUGCAACAACUACUGCUGAGGAGGUUGCUGCUGUUGUUGAAAAGAAAAGGGUUCCUCAAAAUGUCGGUUCUUUCAAAGAAGAAAGCAACAAAGUGGCUGAUCUAUCCCAUUUUGAAGGAAAAGCUUUGGAAGAACUGAAGCAGUUUGUCCAAGAAGCUAUAGACAAUCACCUUUUCACUUCAGAAACCAAAAGUGAAGAAAACACUGGAAAGGAAAAGAAAGAAGAACCAAAAGAGGGUUCCAUUUGGGGUAUUCCUUUUUUAAAAGAUGAUAGGAGUGAUGUCAUCCUCUUGAAGUUUUUGAGGGCAAGGGAUUUCAAGGUGAAGGAUGCCUUUUUAAUGAUCAAAAACACGAUCCAGUGGAGGAAAGACUUCGGAAUCGAUGAGUUUUUGGGUGAAGAUCUUGGUGAUGAUAUGGAGAAAGUUGUGUUCAUGCAUGGACAUGAUAGGGAAGGGCAUCCUGUUUGUUACAAUGUAUAUGGGGAGUUUCAGAAUAAAGAUUUGUACCAGAAAGCGUUUUCGGAUGAGGAGAAGCGAAUGACGUUUCUGCGUUGGCGUAUUCAGCUCUUGGAGAAGAGUAUAAGAAAGCUUGAUUUUAGUCCUGGUGGUGUUUCCACUAUUUUCCAGGUUAGUGACCUAAAAAAUUCACCUGGACCUGGAAAACGGGAGCUUAGGUUGGCAACAAAACAAGCUCUUCGGUUGCUUCAGGACAAUUAUCCAGAGUUUGUUGCAAAACAGGUUUUUAUUAAUGUUCCUUGGUGGUACCUCGCAUUCUAUACAAUGAUUAGUCCAUUCGUGACUCAAAGAACCAAGAGCAAGUUUGUUUUCGCAGGGCCGGCAAAAUCUGCUGAUACCCUUUUCAAAUACAUACCACCUGAGCAAGUUCCAAUUCAAUAUGGUGGUUUGAGUGUGGAUUAUUGUGAUUGCAAUCCAGAGUUCAGCGAUGCUGAUCCUGCCACUGAGAUGACUGUGAAACCAGCGACAAAGCAAACUGUUGAAAUAACAAUCUAUGAGAAAUGUGUUCUUGUUUGGGAAAUCAGGGUAGUUGGAUGGGAGGUGAGCUAUGGAGCUGAAUUUAUGCCAAAUGCUAAAGAUAGCUAUACAGUCAUCAUUCAGAAACCCACGAAGAUGACUCCAAAAGAUGAACCAGUGGUGUCUCAAAGCUUCAAAGUUGGUGAACUGGGUAAAGUAUUGCUUACUGUUGACAACCCAACUUCAAAAAAGAAGAAGUUUCUCUACAGGUUUAAGGUUAAACCAUUCUGCGACUAACGGAGCGUGGCUGACAUCAAGUUGCUCAUGGUUUUGAAUUUUGUUUUUGGCAUGUCGGGUUUUGCAAAGAAAUAUAUAUGUUGCUCAUUGAGCAAAGCACAAACUUCAGAUUGGGUGGAGAGAAUGUGGCCGUAAAACCUACUGUGUACCCAAUUGUUAUGUGGUGUUUUGCAAUGUAUAUUUUAUGUAUCAUGUCAAUAUAUUGGAACCUUUUAUAUUAGUGUAGAUUCGUAAGAACACAAGUUUCUGUUUGGUUUAUGUAAUCCUUCAGAUUCCAUAUUCUAUUUGAUAUUAAUUUUGUUUAAAGUAGGGACCCUGUAAUCUCAUUAAGCAUUUAUGCAUUUUUAAAUUGCGGAUAUGGAUAUUUCGGCCUUCUUGUACGUGGUGUUUAGUAACUGGAUUUAGCUUAGUCACAUUGCCAUGAUCAAUGAAUGUUUCAUCUUUGACCAUUCCGCUCAAUCAUGGUUUCAAAUUUUGUAUGACAACAUACUAUGCUGGAUUUUACUAGGACAUUUAGGAACAUGAAUGAGUAAAUGUCAACUACAGUAAUCCCGGCAAAGUGAAGAGGAGAAAAUA